AUGAUCUCUAUUGUACGAUGGAUUGUCUACGGAUCUUAUACACUUGUUCUAAUUUUUUCCACCACAUUUCUGAUAUUUUUCUACUGGACAAUUAGAACUUAUAAGAAAAAUGAUAAACUUCCAACGAUUUACAUUUAUACCAUGAUCCUUUGCAAUUUUGGUUUAAUUUUUCGAGGAUUUCUUGAUGGUGUGAUUCCUGAAAUAAUUAGCAAGGAUGCGUAUUACUGGUUUCAUAAUCCAACUGGAAUAUAUUUGAAUGUUUUCAAUGACUUUGUCUACUAUUUUCCAAUGACUCUCACCAUUCUCACUUUGGCUCACAGAAUCUACCUUGUAUUCUUCCCAAUUGGAAAAGCAUUUGAUAGUGAAUAUCUGAAAUGGUACUGUUUUGCAUUUUCGAUGAUGCUUCUAACUGUAAUGCUUAUUCCAUUUUUCUCCGCAUGUGCAGGGAGCUUUGAUUAUUAUUUGUUUGCUUUUAGAUCAGGUUGUCCACCAAAAGUUCAUUGGAUAACACAAUUUCUUGCGUCGUACUUUUGGAUCGUACCAGUUGUCUGCAUGGUUUUGAACAUUAUUCUCAUAUUUCAUAUGUCAUUAAAAUCAAAAAAGAAUAAUCAAAUGUCUCAGAACAGUGCAAGUGCUCGGCAAGCACAAGAAAGAAGGCUUUUGAUUCAAUCAAUUGCACUGACCACGUUUAUACUGAGCCACGAAAUUGCGUCUUUUAUUACUGAGUUGUACAUAGAAGAAUUUUUCUCACUUCCGGAACUAACACAGCGAGCAAUAUUAUGUGGCCGUGCGGCAGUGGUUGACUUAGUUUGCUUUUUUAUAUAUUUUAUCGUAACACCUUCAACUCGUCGAAUUCUACUUGAGAAGACAAAUACUGUCAAUGGAAAAAAGAAUAGUGUAACCAGAGUGAAGAAUUGCACAUGA